GCAAAGCUUCGACGGGCAAGAGACUUCUCCGCAACAAAUCCACCCAUCCAAUCCGAGCCAAUCCACAUUCUAUUGCAAUCACAAUGUUCCGCUUACCUCCAUUUCACCGUGCACAAAUCGACUUGCACCUCCUCACUUAUCUCGAGAUAAUCUGCCGGCCUUCCUGAUCGAGGCAUACCUGACUUCGUCAAAUGCGCGUCGACAUCAUUUGUGCUUGUUCCCCCUCCUUGCCGCGUGCUAGAACGCACCAAGAAUGGGGGGCUUGCGCUAAUAUGUUCCGAGGGACGUCGUGCUGAUUGGUGGCGGAGACAACCUCGAUGACCACAUUAUUGCUGGCUUCCCGUUCCUGUCGUGGACGGCUAUCUAGAGAUCGGCAUUGAGGCUUGCUGGGUACGUAUUUCCGGGACUGUUGAGAUAGGGAAAUGCGGGGAGUAUGGUUUCUAUUGUUCAAGAGUUCUUUUGUUUCCUGCUACUUUAUUUUCACAUAAUAGGAUUUCCUUUCCUUUAAAUUCAUUUUGUCGCUUGGCCUCUCUCUUCUACUUUUACUCUUUGUGAUACACGAAAGUCGCAUAUUUGGAGAUAUAUCUACCCCGCAUGAGCCUUGUCGUAGCACAGUAGAGAGUAAGGAAUUGAGGAAUCGCCACGAUGGAGAAAGUUCACGAUGCAUCAUUCGACGACCCUGAGAAGAGGGCUGAUAUCUCUCCCAAAGCCGCAUCAUUUGAUGAGGGGGACAGUAAAGGAGUUACUUUCAUCCACGCAGAUCCAAACGACGGAGAUGAAGCUCUUAAAGCCUUCGAAGGGCAGGAAGCAAUCGUCAUGACUGAGGAAAUGGAGAGGAGUCUCCUACGAAAGAUCGAUUGGAACCUAAUGCCGAUGUUAUGCGUGGUCUACGGCCUCAAUUACCUCGACAAAACCACCCUCUCCUACGCCAGCAUCAUGGGAAUGCAAAGCGCAAUCCACUUACACGGAACCAACUACCAAUGGCUCGGCAGCAUGUUCUACAUCGGCUACCUCGCCUGGGAAUACCCCACCAACCGACUCCUACAGCGCCUCCCGCUCGCCAAAUGGUCAGCUUUCAACAUCAUAAUGUGGGGAGGAACACUGUGCUGCAUGGCGGCAGUCAAGAACUUUGCUGGUGCAGUAGCAGUGCGAUUCUUCCUUGGUGUCUUCGAAGCAGCAGUCACACCUGGUUUCGCUCUUUUUACUUCUCAAUGGUAUACAAGACAAGAACAAGGGACGCGUACGGGGAUCUGGUUUAGUUUCAAUGGGUUUGCACAGAUCUUUGGUGGGUUGGUAGCAUAUGGGAUAUCGACUGGUGUGAAAAAACAUGGUGCGGUGAUCGAUUCGUGGCAGAUUGUGUUUCUAGCCAUUGGACUGAUUACAGUGAUGGUGGGGUGUGUGUUCUUGUAUUUCAUGCCGGAUAAUCAGCUCAAUGCGAAAUUCCUUACGCAGAAGGAGAGAGUUAUGGCGAUUGAGAGGAUUAGGAAGAAUCAGCAGGGAGUGGGAAACAAGCAUUUUAAGAUGUAUCAGUUUAAGGAGGCGUUGACGGAUCCGAUGACUUGGGCUUUUGUCUUCUUUGCCUUGGUAGCAGAUAUACCCAAUGGUGGAAUAUCCAACUUUUUCUCACAGCUCAUUGUUUCAUUCGGGUACACACCUGACGAAUCUCUUCUGUACGGAACUCCCGGCGGGGCUGUCGAAGUGGUAUUCCUCAUCGCAUGCGGAUACCUGGGCGACAAGCUCGGCCGCCGAGUCCUAGUAGGCACCUCCGGCAUGCUCAUCGCAAUCAUCGGCAUGCUCCUGAUAGUCUGCCUCCCACUCUCCAACUCCUCCGGCCGACUAGCAGGUUACUAUCUCACACAAGCCUCACCAACUGGUUUCGUCGCGCUGCUCUCGCUGAUAUCCAGCAACGUCGCAGGCUACACCAAGAAAACGACUGUUGGGGCGUUAUACCUGAUUGCGUACUGUACAGGCAAUAUCAUUGGGCCGCAGACUUUUAGACCAGAAGAUAAGCCGAGAUAUGUGCCUGCGGAGAUCACGAUUGUGGUUUGUUAUGCGUUGUGUACGGUUGAUUUGGUGUUGAUACAUUGGUAUUAUGUGAAGAGAAGUAAGAGGAAUGAGGGGGUGAGGGCGAGACCGGGGUAUCGGAAGUUAGAUAAGCAGGAGUUUCUGGACUUGACUGAUCGGGAGAAUCCGGAGUUUGUUUACACGCUGUAAUAUUCUGGAUUCUGGCUGGUUGUUAGCUUCCACAGAGUGUCUGACGUUGAUAGCAAAGGCUCUUCAUCCAUUAAAGCUGUUACCCGCUACUGGUGUGAGAAGGAUGUAAGCAGCUUGAUCGAUUAGGAGAUUCAAGCACAAUACACAUACUGUUGUGGAAAUGUCCUGGAAUUUUUUGCUGGUACCUGGCUGUCGAAAGGCCUUCUUUGCGAGUCUACAGCGGCGAUCCAAAGACAGCAGCGGUGAUGAGAUCAAAUGCGAUGGAUUGCACAAAUGUUUGUUGAGACGAGAAGAAGAAAAUGCAAUCUUGGACUUGAGGUGUAUUUAGCCUAUGGCCGCCUCGACUCAACA